AUGGGCCUAAAAUUGAAUAUCGCUGGAACCUCUCUUCUGCUAUUGCUAGCCUCUGCUGCAGAAGUGUCUGGUGAUAUCAUUUUUGAUGUUACCAAAUAUGGUGCCAGGGCUGAUGGACACUCCGAUAUCAGCCAGGCCUUACUUAAAGCAUGGGGAGACUCUUGUUCAUCGCCUGUGGCAAGUACAGUUAUGAUUCCAAAUGGAACAUAUGCGUUGGGGCAAAUAACCAUUGGAGGCCCUUGUAAGGCUCCUAUUAAUUUCGUUGUCCAAGGCACUGUGAUGGCCCCGGUGGAUACCAGCAGGUUCAAGGCUGAAGCUGGUUGGAUUGCGUUUCAACAAAUCGACCAGUUCACAUUGUCUGGCGGUGGAGUUUUUGAUGGUCAAGGAAAAACUGUAUGGGGCACAAAAUGCCCCCAUUAUGCAUAUUGCAAACAACUUCCCAUCAAUCUGAGGUUCAACUUCAUCACCAAUAGCAUGGUCAAGGACAUAACUUCAAGAGACAGCAAACAGUUUCAUAUUAAUCUUUUGGGGUGCAAGAAUUUAGCUUUCUACAACGUUGCAAUCAGUGCACCAGAUGAGAGCCUUAACACAGAUGGAAUUCACAUUGGACGUUCCUCGGGGAUCAAUAUCACCGAUUCAACCAUAGAAACUGGAGAUGAUUGCGUCUCAAUUGGUGAUGGCAGUGAGCAAAUUAAUAUCCAAAGAGUAACCUGUGGGCCUGGUCAUGGCAUCAGCGUGGGAAGUCUAGGAAAGUACCCCAAUGAAGAACCUGUGGUUGGCAUUAGUGUCAAGAACUGCACCCUCACCAACACCCAGAAUGGCGUGAGAGUGAAGACAUUUCCUGCUUCCCAUCAAGGCAUUGCCUCUGAAAUGCAUUUUGAAGAUAUUGUCAUGAAUAAUGUUGGCAAUCCCAUAAUCAUAGAUCAAGAGUACUGCCCCCAUAACCAAUGCAACUUGAAGAGUCCAUCACGCAUUAAGCUCAGCAAUGUUAGCUUCAGAAACAUCCGGGGCACCACCUCAACUCAGGUUGCUGUCAAGCUUCUUUGCAGCCAGGGAGUACCAUGCCAAGACGUGGAACUUGGUGACAUCAACCUGAAAUACAAUGGAAAGGAAGGCCCUGCCAUGUCACAGUGUAAAAACAUUAAGCCAAAUCUAUUGGGCGUGCAACUGCCAAGGAUUUGUGCAUAA